AUGCACCUGCCGGCCUGCGCCCCCGCCAUGGCCGACGGCAGCUUCUCGCUUGCCGGCCACCUGCUCCGCAGCCCGGGAGGAAGCACCUCCCGGCUGCACAGCAUCGAGGCUAUCCUGGGAUUUACCAAGGACGACGCGAUCCUCGGUUCCUUCUCUGCGGAGCCGGGCGCCCGGGGCGCGAAGGAGCGGGAUAGGAGGCCGGGCGCGCGGGCCGCCUGCCCCAAGGCGCCCGGGGGAAGCGGCGAGCCCUCCCCGCAGCCUGCCCCCGCGCCUGCUCCAGAGUACGAAGCCCCUCGACCUUACUGCCCCAAGGAGCCUGGAGAAGCACGGCCGAGCCAAGGGCUGCCCGUGGGUCCCGCCACCGGGGACGCGAAGCUGUCGGAGGAGGAGCAGCCCAAGAAGAAGCACCGGCGGAACCGCACGACCUUCACCACGUAUCAGCUGCACGAGCUGGAACGCGCAUUCGAGAAGUCUCACUACCCCGACGUGUACAGCCGCGAGGAGCUGGCGGGCAAAGUCAACCUACCCGAAGUCCGCGUCCAGGUGUGGUUCCAGAACCGACGGGCCAAGUGGCGGCGGCAGGAGAAGCUCGAAGUGUCGUCCAUGAAGCUGCAAGACUCGCCCCUCCUCUCCUUCAGCCGCUCCCCGCCGUCGGCAGCUCUGGCGCCCCUCGGGGCGAGCCCGGGCGGGGGCGGCGGGCCGGCGGGGGGCGCCCUGCCGCUCGAGUCCUGGCUGGGGUCGCCGCUGCCCGGCGGGGGCGCCACCGCGCUGCAGAGCCUGCCCGGCUUCGGGCCCCCCGCGCAGAGCCUGCCGGCCAGCUACACGCCGCCGCCGCCGCCGCCCUUCCUGAACUCCCCGCCGCUGGGCCCCGGCCUGCAGCCCCUCGGGCCGCCGCCGCCCGCCUACCCGUGCGCGCCCGGCUUCGGGGACAAGUUCCCGCUGGACGAGGCGGACCCGCGCAACAGCAGCAUCGCGGCUCUGCGCCUCAAGGCCAAGGAGCACAUCCAGGCCAUCGGGAAGCCGUGGCAGGCCCUCUAG